UUACGAUCUAUACUUGAGUUGACGGACGAGGUGGAGUAAGUUAUCGAAACAACUUGUCAGCCAAGAACAACAAGAUCAGUUCGAUUUGUUUUUCUGUCAAUCCUACAAUCGCCAUCGCUGAUCGAUCGCCCUACCCUUAUCUUGAGCGGGGCUCCUCACUGUUACUUAUGAACCGUAAACAAACACCCUAGUAGGGAAGAAAAAAACAAAAGGAACAGCAAAAGCAAUCUUUCUACAAGAAACCCACUACGAUUAUGGUCUCAAUCCAUAAUGACGACGAGCUUCUUCUAGCCCGAAUUGGCUAUAAACAGGAGUUCAAACGGGAAUUCUCUAAAUGGUCGACCAUCUCCUACGCCAUCUCUAUCCUAGGCGUUCUAGGAUCCGUUCCAGCGACCUUCGGCGCACCGCUGGCCGCCGGAGGGCCAGCUACGGCCGUAUGGUGCUGGUUUAUCGGCUCGUGCAUGGCCAUGUGCAUCGGGAGCUCUGUUGCUGAGCUGGUCUCGGCCUAUCCCACCGCCGGGGGUAUGUACUUUGUCACCAAGCACGUCGUCCCCGAGGAGCAUGUUCCUAUUUUUGCGUGGGUCCAGGGCUGGUGUAAUUUGUUAGGACAGACGGCUGGGGUUGCAAGCGUGACUUACACCGUGAGCCAGAUGAUCCUGGCCUGUGCUAGUAUGAACUCGAGAUUGGUGGAAGGCAGGUACUCAUACUCGCCUACGGCGCUGGAUACGGUUCUUUUGACUAUCUUACUUCUCUGUAUACUGGGUGUGAUCUGCUCUCUGACCACCAAGUCUCUGCAUCGCAUUAUCCUUUGGUUUGCUCCGAUCAACAUCAUCGCCACCGUUGUUAUCUGCCUAGCUCUGCUAUACUAUACUCCCGACAAACAACCAGCCAGCUGGGUCUUCACCCACGUCACCGACGGCUCUGGAUGGGGCUCCAAGUUGUUUUCCUUUCUGCUCGGAUUCAUUUCCGUCGCGUGGACCAUGACUGACUACGAUGGAACCACGCAUAUGUCCGAAGAGACUCACGACGCAGCCGCCCUAGGCCCCCUAGCCAUCCGUUCCGCCGUCUUGGUAUCCGGUGCUUUUGGCUGGAUCCUAACAGUGUGCAUGUGUUUCUGCCUGACAGACUUCGAAGCCAUCCUGCACACCCCUACUGGCCUCCCCGCCGCGCAGAUCUUCCUCAACGCCGGAGGGAAGACAGGCGGGACCAUUAUGUGGGGGUUCGCCAUCCUGGUGCAAUUCUUCACAGGAUGCUCCGCCAUGCUGGCCGACACGCGGAUGGCGUACGCAUUUGCGCGUGAUGGAGCAUUGCCAUUUUCCACGUUCCUCUCCCAAGUAAACCCAUACACCCAGACCCCCAUCAACGCCGUCUGGUUCGUCGUCGUCUUUAGCAGCCUCCUCACCUGCAUCGCCAUCGGCUCCACCGAAACAGCCACAGCCAUCUUCAGCAUCACGGCUCCGGCCCUCGACCUAUCAUACGUAGCCGUCAUCCUGGCGCACCAGUUGUACCGGAAGGAGGUCAAAUUCGUCGAGGGUCCGUUCACACUGGGCCGAUGGGGCGCCGCCGUGAACUGGGUGUCGGUCGUGUGGGUGCUGUUCAUUAGCACCGUGUUAUUUUUCCCGCCAAGUGUACCGGUCACUGCUGUGAACAUGAACUACGGUAUCUUCGUCGGCGCAUUCAUUGCGGCAUUCGCGCUGGUAUGGUGGUGGGUUGCUGCGCGCGAGAGAUACACCGGCCCCCAGACGAGCGACUACGUCCAACAGGUACCGACGGAGGAUGUUGAGAACGACUAUGGCGCUAUGCGUUGAUUACUUAGAUAUCCGAACUCGCUUGGUCGUCGUUCUUUCUGGGCCCGAUUUGGC